AUGAGGAAAGGUCACGCCGUUCAAGCGUGCUCCAGUAAAUUCACUUGUCGCUUGUGUCAACGUAAGCAUCAUACGACGCUUCACCUUGACUCGGACUCUCAACCGAAAGCUCUAGACGUCGUGCCGACGAGUCCGCUGUCCCAGCCCGACACGACAACCAAAGAAGAAGUAAAUUCACUGUUUACAUUCUCAAAUGCUACCGCGCGCGUACAUGUAUUGCUCGCUACGGCUUGGAUAACGGUCGGCUCGUCGUCAGGUCGUUUCGUCACGGUUCGAGCACUGUUAGAUCAAGGGUCGGAAAUGACCUUCAUCACAGAGAAACUCGCUCAAUGUUUGCGCUUGAAGCGAAUUCGCUUGCCAACAACUAUUUCGGCAGUUGGUUGUGUCAACGCCGGGACAUACCGCUCCGCGGCUACAAUCACAAUUUCUCCGCGUGAUCGCACGGCACCGGCAUUCUCGACGACCGCGUUGAUUUUGAAAUCUUUAACGUCAUACAUUCCACCACGCGUGGAAACUGAGCUCACUUUGAGUCAUCUCGCGGAUCUUCCAUGGGCAGAUUCUGAUCCCAUGAGCACAGAUCCCAUUCAAAUUCUUGUUGGCGCUGAUCUUUACGGCGAGUUGAUUCUCGACGGCCUCCGGAAGGGAGCCACCGGCCGACCGAUUGCUCAGAACACCGUGUUAGGUUGGAUUAUUUCCGGACCUAUGGCCUCCUCUCUAGUCUCGUCACACACGUCAUCAAGCCCAUUGUCAAGCACUCCUCCGUUCGUGACCUCACAUUUUUGUUCUCAAGGCGAAUCACUCGAAGCCGAGUUACGCCGCUUCUGGGAAGUCGAGGAAAUUCCCCGAUCUUCCAUUCUUAGCCCGGCUGACGAACAAUGCGAAGAGCAUUUUCGUCAAACCCAUUCGCGCUGUCCGGAUGGUCGAUACAUGGUUCGUUUGCCGUUCAAAACCGGCCCUCCUAUCAACAUCGGCCAUUCCAGAGCCAUUGCGGACAAAUGUCUACAACGCCUCACUCGGAGGUUGCAACGCAAUCCGGAGCAGCAGAAAGAGUAUUCAGAUUUCCUGCGGGAGUAUGAAAAGCUAGGUCAUAUGCAAGAAGUACCGCGGUCUCAAAUAGAUAAUGCGCAAAACGUUUACAUUCCCCAUCAUCCGGUCAUUCGUGAAGACAGCGUGACAACUCAUUUAAGGGUUGUAUUCAAUGCGUCGUGCUUGACUGCGAACGGAUCCUCCCUGAAUGACCACCUCCUGACAGGACCUAAGCUUCAACAAGAUCUGCCGGCGGUCUUAUUACAAUGGCGACAAUCUCGAUACGUGUACACUGCGGAUAUUACAAAGAUGUACCGGCAGAUUCGUGUCGACCCCCGCGACGGCAAUUAUCAAAGAAUAUUGUGGACACCUAAUCCCUCAGACAUUCCUCGAGAGUAUGUGUUAUUAACCGUAACUUAUGGUAUGAUCUCUGCGACAUUUCUAGCGCUUCGCGUUCUCAUUCAACUUGUAACCGAUGAAGGUCACAAGUUCCCGCUGGCUGUCAUCAUCCUUCAAAGGAAAUGGUACGCCGACGAUGCCCUCUUCGGCGAUGACGAUCCUAUACGAUUACGUCAAUCUCGCGACCAGCUUCAAGCCCUCUUGCGCUUAGGUGGAUUCGAACUAAGAAAAUGGGCGAGUAAUUCGUCUGAGUUACUGUCCGACAUCGAUCCUGCCAACCACGGCCUUGCCUGUAACAAAAAUCUGCAAGACGACGAACGCGUCAAGGUUUUAGGCAUCAGCUGGGCUCCAUCUCAGGAUCACUUUCAAUUUCGCGUAAGCCUCGAUCCAAAACUUCCUCGUACUAAGCGGACCAUUCUGUCCACGAUAGCCAAACUAUUUGAUCCGUUAGGAUGGGCCACUCCCGUUAUUGUCACCGCUAAAAUUUUCAUGCAAAGGCUAUGGCGCCUCAACCUCAACUGGGAUGAUGACAUCCCCUCCGACGACUCCACUCGAUGGCAAUCUAUUUACACGAAUCUUGAAGCUCUCAACCGCCUGCAAAUUCCACGAUGGACAGGUUAUGGAUCUGACACCAUACGUUGUGAGCUCCACGGAUUUGCUGACGCAUCAACGAGCGCCUAUGCUGUCGUUGUAUAUUUAAAAGUGGAAACGUUGUCGGGCCGAAUUGUUAUCUCGUUGUUAACGAGCAAAUCUAAAUUAGCUCCGGUCAAACCAGUGACCGUACCGCGCUUAGAAUUGCUCGCCGCGGUUUUGCUAGCGCGAUUAAUUCAAUUUGUCCGACGAUCUAUAGUCCUCAAGAACUCUGAUUGCUUCUGCUGGAUUGACGCCAAGAUCGUGCUCGCCUGGCUCAGCCAGCAUCCGUCAAAAUAG